AUGGCAGCCGUGGUGAUGUUGGGGCUUAUCAGGUUGCGGAAGUCAUUGCGGCUUGGCUUUCUCUGCAUCGCAGCGGCAGCCGACGAACUGAGAGCUCUCUGGCCGGCCUUCGCUGUGCUCGGAGGUUGCGCGAUGGCGGCGUCCUUCUUCGCUCUGCUAGUCGGCCUCUGGACGCUGGAAUUUCUGGCUUCACAUGCUGCCGUGGCCUCCUGA